AGUGCUUUUAUCUGAGUUAUCAUGUGUUCGCCAUGGUAGUGUCUCCUGUUCCAGGAUUAAAAGUAUUGCUAUGGUAACAGACAACCUUGGGCACUGUUAAAUUGGUCAAUUGUUAAGCUGGCUGAAAUAAAACAUUUUUAUUUUUUGGGUUUGGGUAAAAUAAUAUUUUCACAUAAUAAUAACAAUAUUAAUACUAAUACUACUACUAAUAAUAAUCUCAGUUGAAAAGGCACAGGCUCACGUUAAAUCCUUAAUCAGGAUGAACAGGUUAACAGGUGUGAGGAGGAGGAGGGGGAAACUGGGCGGAUCCGCUCCUGUGAUUGACAAACAGAAGUGACAAAUCCCACGUCCCACGUGGUCCCUGCUACCUUUGUGCCUUCGCGGCGUCCUUCAUAUGUCGGCUGCAGACGCGGAGGACUGGCAAACGCAACUCGGCUCUCGCUUCACGGGUCUCCGUUGGCACGUCCUCAGCUGGUCCGCGGUCCAGCCCGGAGCUUCUGGCUCCUCCCAGCGCUCAUUAAAUGCUCGCAGUGCACACCAGUCAGCUGCAGACGACGGCAGGCAUGACCGAGUAAGUGUGGACAGGACUUCUAACAACACCACCAUCCUCCUCAUCUUCAUCAGUGUCCUGGCAGCGGGCAAACGGCACAGCUUUCUGCAGCAUCAUUAUCCACACAGCCAGUAUGAAGACCAUCCUAGCAGCCUACUCUGGCGUCCUGAAAGGGACCGGCUCCAGUAUCCUCUCUGCCCUGCAGGACCUGCCCGUGGCCCUCUGGCCCUGUAGAUCCAAGAUGGAGAAACAUCUCCAGGUCCUGUCUGUGCUGCAGUGGGUCAUCAGCUUCUUAGCCAUGGGUGCUGCCUGCACUGUGUUGCUGAUGUACAUGUUCUGCACUGACUGCUGGCUUAUUGCUGCCGUGUACACAGCCUGGCUCAUCUUUGACUGGAACACACCCAAACAAGGUGGAAGAAGGUCUUCGUGGGUGAGAAGCUGGACAGUCUGGACAUAUUUCCGAGACUACUUCCCAAUCCGGCUAAUUAAAACCCACAACCUGCUGCCCAGCCGGAACUACAUCUUUGGUUACCAUCCCCAUGGCAUCCUCUGCUUCGGCGCUUUCUGCAACUUUGGAACAGAGGCCACGGGCUUCUCUAAGAAAUUCCCAGGCAUCAAGCCCUCACUGGCAACGCUGGCAGGAAACUUCCGCCUCCCCCUGCUCAGAGACUACCUGAUGUCUGGAGGUAUCUGUCCAGUAAACAGGAACUCCAUUGAUUAUCUACUGACACAUAACGGGACAGGAAACGCCGUAAUCAUCGUGGUGGGGGGUGCAGCAGAGUCUUUGCAAUGUACUCCAGGCAUAAACACUGUAACUCUGAGGAAUCGUAAAGGCUUUGUGAAGCUGGCCCUGCAGACGGGCUCUGACCUGGUUCCGGUUUAUUCCUUUGGAGAGAAUGAUGCCUACAAGCAGGUGAUCUUUGACGAGGGAACCUGCUGGAGAACUGUGCAGAAAAGAUUACAGAAACUCAUCGGCUUUGCACCUUGUCUUUUCCAUGGAUGCGGCCUCUUCUUUGGUGACUCCUGGGGUAUCGUGCCGUAUUGUAACCCCAUCACCACCAUAGUUGGGGAGCCGAUCACCGUGCCAAAAAUUGAGGAUCCCACAGAGGUAGAGGUGGAUCUCUACCAUUCAAUGUACAUCAGGACUCUGCAGUGCCUUUUUGACAAGUACAAGACCCGCUUUGGCUUAAAAGAGAGUGAUGUCCUGUACAUAGAAUGAAGGAAUGAUGUUUAGAGGAUGCAGCGUUAAAGCUCUUCCGGCCUCUCAGACAUUUUGUCUCUUGCUGACUAUAUGAUAUGGUUGGACUACAGACUCUGUACUGGAGCAUGUUUGCUACACAAACCUUUGCUCUUUGCAUUGUCUGUCUGGAUGUGGCAGGUUUGAACUGUAGUGAUCCUGUCCAGUUGUUAUCGUCUGGUUUCAAAUGUCUCACUUGUACAUACUUACACAAAGUGCAUCUUUGUUUCUUUUGCUGCCAUUUAUAUGGCUAAAGCAUAAUGUAUUUAUCAUCUGAUCAGUGCAGAGGGAGGAGAGAUCUACCAGAAUAAAUUGAGAAAACUAAAAUGCAAGACUUGAAGAAGUGUGUUCUUUCACUUGCAUAAUUUUCCUAAAAUGCACAAACAAUGCAAAUGGAGAAUACCGCUUCCUGUUAAGGAAAAUCCCAAAGGUUAUUGAGCCAAAGACCUGUGUUGACAUCACAGAAAUGUGGAUUUUCACUGUGUGUAAUGCAGGCAGAAUCUACACACUGUGGGUCUAUGUUGUGAAUAAGUGCCCAUGAUUGCACAGUGCCAUAAAGUAUUAAUUUUGUUAUAUAAUAGAGUGAGAAGCCUUUUACCCGCUUAUCCCUCAGUUCACAUUUAUGAUGCACUUUUUGUACUUUGAUUUGAGGUGUUUUGUCUCAUAAGAAAAUAAGCCUUAAAAUGAGAAAUGUUUCAGGAUGUUCAUUAUGCUGUUUCCACCCUUCACUCUUUUGUCUUGUUAUUUUUCACUGUGGUUCAGGUUGAAGGGUUUGUGAAGUCUAUGCAGUUAUGUGGCUUUAUGCUGCUACAGGUAAAAUAAGGUAAAAGAGCUUUUUGGUGUCCAGUUUUCAGCAAAUUGCUUUGUAAUUGUGCAAUGGAUAAUGGCUGGGAAGGAAGAUUACAUUGGAUUCUGGAUAUGAGUUAUUUUUGGAUAACACUUGUACCUGCAGUAUGCAAAAUAUGAGUAUAAAGAUGUUGAAUGUGUCUAAUGUGGAAUUAACAGAAGUUUGUCAUGUUAAUAAAAAAUGGAGUUGGGCAGGAUGCUAGCUAAGUUGAGAAUAUGUUUCUUGAACACAAGAUUGUAGAUUGUGUGAUAUAGAGCAGCGUAAUAUCUGUGACACAGCAACACCAAACUGUAUGCUGAGAACCAUCAUCUGCCUGUCAAUAUUUAAAUAAAAAUUUUGUAUAUUUUCAGAA